UUUUGUGUGAGAAUUGGGAACCUAUUUAAAUGUAUCGUCUGUAACGUAGUAGCAGUCAGUCCAGUGAUGCGUACAACGAAGAAGGAGAAGCCGAUGGUUUCUUGGUUCCCUUUUGCUGUUCCCAACCCUCUGGUUUAGGGUCCUCCACUUGCCCAUCAAUCUCAGUUUUCUCACCUGUCGCAUCGUUGCGGUUCGAUUUCGCUGCUGCAUAUCUAAGCAUCUUGUAAUAUUGGUCGAUUCCCUCGCCAGUAAGAUUUGAGAAUGGAUGGUUCAACUGGUCGUGCUAGCAGUGCAGAUGUGUUUUUACCAAAUUAUAAGUUGGGGAAAACACUUGGGAUUGGAUCCUUUGGAAAGGUGAAAAUUGCAGAGCAUAUAUUGACUGGCCAUAAAGUUGCCAUUAAGAUCCUCAAUCGGCGCAAAAUAAAGAACAUGGAAAUGGAAGAAAAAGUGAGAAGAGAAAUCAAAAUUUUGAGGUUGUUCAUGCACCCCCACAUUAUACGACUUUAUGAGGUCAUAGAAACUCCAACAGAUAUAUAUGUUGUUAUGGAGUAUGUAAAAUCUGGUGAACUCUUCGAUUACAUUGUGGAAAAGGGCAGGCUGCAAGAAGAUGAAGCCCGUAAUUUUUUCCAGCAGAUAAUCUCUGGUGUGGAGUACUGUCACAGGAAUAUGGUGGCUCAUAGAGACCUUAAGCCAGAGAAUUUACUUUUGGACUCCAAAUGCAAUGUCAAAAUUGCUGAUUUUGGUCUAAGCAAUAUCAUGCGUGAUGGUCACUUUCUUAAGACAAGUUGUGGAAGCCCAAACUAUGCUGCUCCAGAGGUUAUAUCUGGAAAAUUGUAUGCUGGACCUGAAGUAGAUGUCUGGAGCUGCGGUGUAAUUUUAUAUGCUCUUCUCUGUGGUACCCUUCCUUUUGAUGAUGAAAACAUUCCAAACCUUUUUAAGAAAAUAAAGGGUGGGAUCUAUACUCUUCCCAGUCAUCUAUCCGCUGGUGCUAGAGAUUUGAUACCAAGGAUGCUUGUGGUUGAUCCUAUGAAGAGAAUGACCAUACCUGAGAUUCGCCAACACCCAUGGUUCCAAGCUCACCUUCCUCGUUAUUUAGCUGUGCCCCCACCAGAUACAAUGCAGCAAGCAAAAAAGAUUGAUGAGGAACUUCUUCAGGAAGUGGUUAACAUGGGAUUUGACAGGAAUCAACUGGUUGAAUCUCUGCGGAACCGGAUGCAAAAUGAGGGUACUGUAGCAUACUAUUUGUUAUUGGACAAUCGGUUCCGUGUUUCCAGUGGCUAUCUUGGAGCUGAAUUCCAAGAGACAAUGGACUCUGGUUUUAACCGUAUUCAUCCUAGCGGAGUUACUGCUCCAGUUGUUGGUCACCGCUUUCCAGGGUUUAUGGAUUAUCCAGGAGCAGCAUUAAGAUCCCAGUUCCCUGUUGAGAGAAAAUGGGCCCUUGGGCUUCAGUCUCGUGCUCAUCCUCGUGAAAUAAUGACUGAGGUCCUUAAAGCUCUGCAAGAAUUAAAUGUGUGUUGGAAAAAGAUUGGACCUUACAACAUGAAGUGCAGAUGGGUUGCCGGCAAUCCUGGUCAUGACGGAAUGGUAGACAAUACUUUGUAUGGUAAUCAUUAUUACAGAGGUGAUUCCACCAUCAUUGAGAACGAUUCUGUUUCUAAGCCAAAUGUGGUUAAGUUUGAACUUCAGCUUUACAAAACUCGGGAGGAGAAAUAUCUGCUUGAUCUGCAAAGGGUCCAGGGCCCACAGUUUCUGUUUUUGGAUCUUUGUGCUGCUUUCCUUGCACAGCUUCGUGUCCUCUAAGGUGAAGAGGAUAAUGCCUUCAAGGGAGAUUGACUUGUGCCCCGUGUUGCCUUGUUAAUAGGAAGCUUACAUUGUAUAUAAGUGGCGGUGCGCUUUCUAUCCAGAGUCUCUCUUGAGAUCACCUGUUAUAACCCCCAGUUUUUAUGUGGGUGAUUGCUGAUAUGGGGCCAAUCUUAUUGAAAUUAAUGGCUUCCUUAAUUAUGAUAUUUGACUGUAUUCUGCUUUUUGCAUUGGGAAUUGAAUUUUCUUCAUGUUUGUCUCCGUUAAUGUUGUGAGAUAAUUAGGCCUCCGAACAGAACAGUGUUCUACUACAAUAUUCUGGCAUUCUACCGUUGCCGUGCUUUAAACGACUU